AUCAUCAUCAUCAUCAUCAUCAUCGUCUAAUCCAGCAACAGCAGCAACAACAGCAACGACAGCGCUGAGCGCAGCAGCACCCACGACGACAACAACAGGAGUGACAGCAGGAGUGACAACAGGAGCUCCUGCUGAUGCCGACUGGAAUCAAAGGGAUCAUGUCGAUGCUUCGCUGCUGAUUGACCUUGGAAGCAGCACAGCGCCAACAGGGGAGCAGACGGCGACCCUAGGACCAGCACUACCAAGAGCUGGACUUGCAACAACGACGACGCCAACCCCGACGACAAGUACGGGGGUGGCGACGGCAAGGGGACCAGCGAACGCAGACACAACAAUGCAGGGCGCCGGCGUGAUUGCCGAUAGCGGUCGAUCAACACUUCACAACAGCGACAUGGGACAUGGGCUCAAAGUGCCACAACGCGUGCCACACCACCACGGCAAGGGUCUUCCGGAUUUGAACAUUGGUGACGCUGAUAUGUACACACGUGCAACGCAUCGAUCGCUGUGUUGUGCUGCUGCGCCAAAGACCAAUGACAACAACUCCGGGGUUGCUCGCGUGUUUCUCUGGGGCGGGCUGACACCAACGCCAGAAACAGCACCGGCCGUGUAUGCACUGGACGUUGUAGUGUCAAAUGAUCAGCAGCAGCAGCAGCAGCAACAACAACAACAACAACAACAACAACAACAACAACAACAACAACAACAACAACAACAACAACAACAACAACAACAACAACAACAUGAUGGAUCGCCGAGUGCCUUUCACCCCAUCAAGAUGGUGUUCCAUCACGAUGCAAGUCGUAGUUUCAGCUGCACUCGUGUGCCCCCAAUUCACGGUGGCGGUGCUGGUGAUGGUGAUGAUGAUGAUGGUGAUGAUGAUUGUGAUGACAAUUGCGGCAUGCGUGAGGAUUCCAAUGUCGUUCCCAACGCUUUUCUCAGCGCCGGCAGCCAGCAGCGUCUGGAUGAACUGCACACGCAAUCGCCACGGCUCGACUGGGCACCACAACAACAACACCAUCAACAACAACAACAACGACGACGACGACAACAACAACAACAACAACAACAACGACGACGACAACAACAACAACACCAUCAACAACAACAACAACAACAACAACAACAACAACAACAACAACAACAACAACAACAACAACAACAACAACAACAACAACAACAACAACAACAACAACGACGACGACGACGACGACGACAGCAGCACCCUGUUGAGCAUGAGUACUCACCGGUUACAACCGCCCACGCCAGCCGCCGCUCGCACGAGACAACGACGUCGCCAUAUGGGACGGCAGCCAGUUCGCCGGCGUCAAGCGAGUGCUCGUCGUCGCUGGCAGCGAGUGUCGUCAUUCGCGAGGGCGAUGUUACGUUCGAAUGGAAGAAGGAGCGCUUGAUUGGCGCAGGCUCUUUUGGGAAGGUGUAUCUCGCGUUCAACAUCACGGAUGCAUACUUCAUGGCUGCCAAAGUGAUUGAGUUUGGCGACUGCGUGUCGUGCUCGGUGCUGACGGACAUCAAGAGUGAGGUUGGUGUCAUGCGAGACCUCGACCACCCCAACAUCGUUCGCUAUCUCGGAUGCGAGCGCACCAGUGAACACUCGCUCACCAUCUUCACCGAACUCGUCAGCGGCGGAGAUCUCCGCAAACUGAUUCAGCGCGAGGGCGCACUCAAGGCAAACGGCAUCAAGCGGUACUCCAAGCACAUCCUGUGCGGCCUCGCGUAUCUCCACACCCGACACAUUGUCCACAGAGACAUCAAGGCGCAGAAUGUGCUGGUGACAGACGACGGUGUGGCCAAAUUGGCAGACUUUGGGCUGAGCGUGCGCGGUGUCGUGUCGACGGAUGCGAUAUGCGCGGGCACAAUCCACUGGAUGGCGCCCGAGGUGCUGCGAGGAGAGGCCGUCUCUGAAAAGAGCGACAUCUGGUCUGUCGGGUGUGUGCUGCUGGAAAUGGCGACCACGUGCCCGCCCUUCUCUGCUCUCGAGCGCGCUGCUGUUGUCUUCCUCGUUGGCGCGGACCGCAUCAAGCCAGAUGUCCCCGAUACGCUCGCGUGUGACCUGCGGGCCCUGGCGUACAAGAUGCUGCAGCACGACCCUCACGACCGCCCAACGGCAACGCAGCUGCUCUCGCACCCGGCGCUGAGAGGAUCGCACCGAACACCACCGACACACGUGCACGUGUUUUCGUCGUCGUCAUCAUCGCGGUCUCGUUCACGCUCGCGUUCGCGGUCGCGCAUGCGUUUGCGUCGCCGCUCCCGCCUCUCCACCGGUGUUAGCAGUGUUGGCGGUAUUGGUGAUGGCGGCGACGAUGCUGGUGGUGAUGGGACAGGCACGUGCACCGUCGUCGACACGCGCCGCGGGCUGUGA